CCUCUCUUCAACCCUGUCUUGUCUUCAACCUUCUUUUCCUCUUUCCCUUACUGACUCUCCCACUAAUUAACCUCAUAAGCCAAAAGAGACACGUCCAUUUUCGGGUCCAGUUUCAAAAUGAACCGGGAAAUGAAUGGCAUUGAAGCUGAGAGGUAUCAGAAGGAGCAUCUCAGCAAUGGCCAUCAUGUUUAUGAGAAAAUAGAUUAUGUGUUCAAGGUGGUGGUUAUUGGAGACUCGGCUGUCGGGAAGUCUCAGAUACUGUCGAGGUUUACUAAGAAUGAGUUCUGCUUUGACUCCAAGUCCACUAUUGGGGUUGAGUUUCAGACCAGGACUGUAACUAUUAAAGGGAAACUCAUCAAGGCUCAGAUCUGGGAUACUGCUGGCCAAGAGAGGUAUCGAGCUGUUACGAGUGCAUAUUAUAGAGGUGCACUCGGGGCGAUGUUGGUGUACGACAUCACCAAGAGGCCGACGUUCGAUCAUGUGGCUAGGUGGGUUGAGGAGCUCCGGGCACACGCAGACAGCUCAAUCGUGAUCAUGCUGAUCGGCAACAAGGCUGAUCUCGGGGAUCAGAGGAAUGUUCCGACUGAAGAUGCAGUCGAGUUUGCUGAGGAGCAAGAGCUUUUCUUCUCCGAGACAUCAGCCUUCAGCGGCAACAAUGUGGACAGUGCAUUCUUUAAGGUACUAGAGGAGAUUUACAGUAGAGUGACGUCUAAGAAAACUCUGGAAUGUGGGAAUGGGAAAAAACAAAUUGAUGGGGCUGGAGAAAAAAUUGAUGUCAUUUCCGGGUCUGAUUUGGAAAUCAGUGAGAUGAAGAAGUUGUCUGCUUGCUCUUGUUGAUCCAACUCUUGUACGUUGAUCUAAGAACUAAGGAACUAAUCAACAGAGCAAUAUAUGGAUAUGCUUGGUGCAUAUGUUUUUAUGUUAUAACUUUGCACUCUGAUUUGUGCUUUUAUCUUGGAAAUUUUAAGAGAGAUCAGUUCAUGGUGAGGACUAUUCUUCAGUGUACUGCUAAAGAAAGUACUAGUAGUUAAGCACUUAAGCACUACCCUAUUACU